UAAUCUGUUGGAUAGCUAUCGCUCUGUUCAGUCCAUCUCUUAAACCAGCGGCAUUUAUUUUGUAAACCACAUAAAAAACAAAUUUUUUUAUUAAAAAGUACAGUAAAAGCUUUUAAAUAUGUCAUUCAUGAACCCCGUGGACAUGGUGGAUGAGGACGCCGCUGACCUGCAGUUCCCAAAAGCGGCGCUCCACAUGUUUAUCACAUUAUAUUGCAUAUUUGCAGUUGAGCCUCGAGGAAAAAAAAUUAAGCGGUUUUUACAUGCCCGACCAGAUGGAAACACCAGGAGCACUACCAUCUUUUACAGACCCUACUCAUUGCACCGGCAGCUGGAUCAAUUGGAGGAAAGGGCGAAAGAUGAGAGGAUUAGCAACGUUCCAGUGGCUUCAAAAGACUCCAAUCGUUGUGCCACGUGUCGCGGAAACCUUGUGGAACCCUACAUAAAAUGCUCCGAGUGCCUGGACAUCCUUCUUUGCCUCCAAUGUUUCUCGCGUGGAAGAGAAGCCUCCUCGCAUCGCAAUAACCACGCAUACAUAAUAGUCCGCGACAACAUCCAAGUUUUCGCCGAGGAGCCACAUUGGACGGCCCGGGACGAGCGCAUCCUGCUGCGUACCCUACGCACCCAAGGAUACGGCAACUGGGAAGCUGUAUCCCAGGCUCUCGAUCAGAGGCAUGAUACUUCAGAAGUGCGACGACAUUAUCACGAUUGCUACUUUGGCGGCAUCUUUGAGCGACUUCUGAAACUGCAACAUUCGCAGCACAGUUACCUUCCCGAGCGAAUGCCUUACGUCUUUAAAAUGAGGAGUCUGGAUCCACCACGCCAUGAUGACAUUACCUCAAUGCAGUUUAAACUAAGUGCAGGCUAUCGCUGUGCAAGAGGCGAUUUCGAUACUCCUUAUGACACUUCUGCUGAGAGCCUUCUCUCUAUAAUGGUCGAUAACAGAGGCAGGGAUGAGGAUGAAGACACCGCGCAAAGCGAAGAAGAGCGCAAUAUAACCGAGGAACUGCAGCUAGGGCUGGUGCGGGCAUACAACAAUCGACUAAGAGAGCGUCAACGUCGGUAUAAAAUUAUGCGACAGCACGGCCUCAUCAUGCCAAGUCGGACUGUCAGCUGGAUAUCCAAGUUUGUGCACGCUUUUACCAGCGAUGCUAGUUGCAUGCGUUUUUUGGCCUUCAUGCAGAUAUGCCCGGAUCCAAUCAAAUUUGACAUGCUUUUGGAGUCCCUGCGUUACUGUCGCGAGCUGCAUACGCGGCUGCAAAAGCUUUACGAUCUACGACAGCAGGGCGUGCGCACUCAUUCUGCGGCCAAGUUAUACGCUCGUCUGUACAAGGAGCGUCAGGAAGCUCAGCGGGACUACAGCAGGCAAAAGCAUAUUGAUGCCUACGAUUGGCAGCAUAUAGUGCAGCACUACGAAAGCAACAAGAACGGAGAACAGCUACCCCUUGGCAUCAGUCCGAAGUUCAAUGCUCUGAGCACCCGCCGUAAAGCCAGUCCCAUGGAGAUUGGAGAUCUGCCUGGUUACUCCAAACUGGACGCGGGCGAGCGAAAACUAUGCAGCGUAGCUCGGCUGUUUCCACAGUCGUAUUUGGAUUUCAAAAACCAACUUGUUUCAGAACACGCCAAGCUCGGAUACUUGAGACUAGCUGAUGCUCGUCGUCUGAUCAAAAUAGAUGUGAACAAAACACGACAGAUAUACGAUUUCCUUUUGGAGCACGGCCACAUUAGCAGGCCACCGUCAAACGGAUAGUCCUUAGAUUUUCUCCAAUGUUUCACUUAGUUUGAGAAUGCCGAGACGCUGCUGAUAUCGGAGGUGCACAUGCUUCUUGAUCAUAGAAAACGCCAAAACGAAUCCGCCGACGAGGAGCAG